UUCUUCAUGUUUUAUAAUUCUUUGUUUAUUUUUUGAAUUUUGUUUGCAUUUGUUCUAAAAUCGGUACCGAAAAAGCGCCCUCCUUUGAGUGAUCCAGUAAUGUCGAUGAAACUACACAAGUAUACACAUACACUAUGUAUACAUAGUGCAUAUAUAAAAUUGCAUGUGUGUUUAGUAUUUGGUGGUAUUUAGUAUGAUUGAGGAGUGAAUGGUAUGUUUGAUAAAAGAUUUUUGAAUGCUGAAUGAAAUGUCAACAUUCUGAGAUUAAAUUCUUUUGAGCUUACUUAUGAUGUCAACAUAUAAUGAAAUUUCUGGACUUGUUUGCAUAUGUAUGAAACAGAUGUGAAUGUGCAUAUACAUAAGUAUAGGUUAUAAUUGUACUUGUAAACUUUUGUAAAUAUUCAAUCUUUCAAAAUUUAUUACGUCAUAUUCUAUUUUCCGCAACAUAAUUGCAAGCAUGCCACAUUUUGUCAAUAUGAAGGACGAAAUCCAAAUGCAAAACAUGAACGAUAUUACUUCUGAUUUUACUUGUCUCAAAGUAUCAGCGUUAAAAAAAGCUUCUCGCAUAUCAGGCGAAGUAGAUAGAAUUACAAUUGGUCCUGAUUCAAUCGUCGAUAAAAACGAAUCUCAUGAAAAAUCGGAAAAUAUAGAAAAUGAACAGAAUUCUUGUAAUGUCAUUUCUCCAACUAAAUCUGUUCAACCAACAAAUAACAAAACCUCAACGCCAAGUGGCAUUACAUUUUCAGUUAAAAAAAUUCUAAUAGAAAGCGAAUAUCAAAGGAAGGAAGAAGUUCGGAAAGAAAUUGAGCGUCAUUGGCAGCACAUGAAGGAAAAUGGAAAAGCUAUAAAAGAGAACAUGGCAAUAUCACGUUCACACAUGGCAAAAGAACGAGAGAGAAAAAGUAAAGAAAAUUAUGCAUAUAUAUUGGAAAAAGAAAGAAUUGCAGAGCAGGAGGAAAUACGUAGAAGACAUGAACAACAAAAAGAAAUUGAAGAAUGUAGAAGGAGAAUGAAAGAGAAAGAAGAAUUGACAAAAAAGAUAGCGAAUUUAAAAAAUGUGUGUGUAAUGAAAUCUCAUGAUAUUGAGGUUUUAUUCAAAACUUGUAAAGACAAAAACUCCGCCACAAUAGUAUUAUCCUCUUAUGUUCCAAAAUUAGAAGAGAUACAUCAUCAAUUAGAGCUUAUAGAUGAAAAAACCAAGAUAGGAGAAGUGACUGUUACAGAUUUGAAUGCUGUAGAAAAGAUGAUUUAUCAAGUUGAUGAAAUAUUACUAACAUUCAAAUCAGAGAUAGAAAGGAUAAAUAUCCAAUAUGAAACAAAUUUAACUAAAUUGGAAAAUACAGUGCAAGCCCAGACCCAGCCUAAUGAUUUACAAAAGCAAGAAUCUGGGGAUACUCAAACAGUUUGUGAAACAGUUGUCCCUGAACAAAUAAGCACUAAUAUUGCACAGACUAAUGAAGAAGAGAAACAAAAUAUAGUUAUUCCAAAUUCUCCUGAAGUAACACCCACUGUUAGUACAGAAGAAAGUGUACCAACUCCUGAACAAGAAAAAAGUGAGUUGUACGAAUAUGUAGAUAAAGAUUCGUUGCAAAUAUAUGUGAAUAGUCAGAAAUUUCUGGAUAAUUAUGUGAAAAAUUAUGAGGAAUUUUUACAAUCACCAAACACAAAAAAAUUUAGAUUCGAAUGUAAAAAAGCUAUAAAUAUACCUGUAAAUGCUAUUUCUGGAAUUAACGAGCAACAUUUGAGAGAUAAAUACGAAAGUUUGCACAAUCUUCUUAUUGGGAAAUCUUCGCCAAACGUUAAUCAGUAUGCGCACGGAGCAGCGUUUUGUAAAAAUAUAUUAGCUAAACAAAUAGUGAACCAGGGUGAAACGCUUGUCUCAAGCAAACCAAAAAUGGCGUUUCCGAUUGCUGCUGUAGUCGUAGCUUUAUGGAACGAUCACCCAGAUUUCGGUGAUUUGCUUCUGGCACAUUUUCACAACAUUUGUCCAUUUACGGUUCCUAUUUUCAUGCCAAAAAUGGUUGGACAGUCCAGCGAAAACUAUUAUAAACUCAUGGGCUACAAAUACGCGGAAGACGGUACAGUUGAAAAGCAUGAUAAAUAUUUGAAAAGAAUGUCUGGUGUAAUGAGACUGUACGCUUCGAUUACAAUUACAACGCAAAGAAGAGGAAUCGUUAAGAGUAAUCCACAUGGACUCCAAAGUGCGUGGCGGUGGUUAGCGGCUAUUUUAAAUGCAGAACCGCGGAAGGAAGUAGCAGAUCUUUGCGCGACUCUUUUAUUAGACAUGCUUGAAGUGGCCGGAAGUGCACUGUGGUCCGCUUACCCAAAACAGUUUCGUAAAUUAUUAAUUCUGUUAUUAGAAGAAUAUUAUCCACGCAUGCAAAAGGUAGGAUGUAUCGGUGGUGGACCAUUAGUGCGACUCGAAGAAUUUUUAAGAAGUACUUUGUCGAAAGGAUCGAUACCACCGCCCGAAGGUCAACUUCCUUCAAACUUUUGGUGAUCUUCAUAAAGCUUAUGUGCUUUUUUCAAUGUACAUUAAAUAUUUCUUCGAUUUCUGGCUGUUGUAAUUCACGAAUAAUUAUUACGCUAUUUGUAAAAUAAUUUUUUAUAAGAUUUUACGGGUUGUACGAACUUAUCACGGAUCAUUGUAUGGUUGAAGGAUCAUUUGUGAAGAUGCAUCUUAAAUUAAUUUGUAUAUAAAAACCAUUACUUGUAUUGUAUUUAUUAAACUUUUAUCGCAUGGGAAGUAAAUGGAGUGUAAAAAUAAUAGGUAAUUUAUAUAUCCAUAUAUGCUUUUGAAUAAUUCGAUUAAAAAAAGGAAUGUAAUCAUUAAUAAUAUGGUACACUUGUGA